AUGCCUUCCUCAACGCCACUCGUCGCGUUCAUCAUCGGGUUCGGGCCCAAUAUCGGGGGCUCAGUAGCCUCCCUUCUGAAGGAGCAAGGAUACACUGUCGCAGUGGGGUCCCGUAAACCCGACGUCGACAAAGUCAAGAAAGAAGGGUACUUUCCGGUCCAAGUCGACGCGACGCAGCAAGCGAGCAUCUCAGCGGCGUUCGCAGCCGUGAAUGCUGAACUCGGACCGCCCAGUGUUGUUGUGUAUAACCGUCAGUUUCCUCCUGCUGUCCCCGUGAUCCAUCGAGAGCCUACCGAUGUCUCUGACCCUUCCACGCUCCCCCUUGAAGCUUUCAACGAUGUCAUUGCGAUAGGCAGCAAUGUCUUCGUUGCUAUCCAAGAGGCAUUGAAAGGAUUCCGCUCAAGCAAACACGAGGAUACGCCGAAGGCAUUCAUCGUCACAGGCAACGUCCUGCCCGCCGACAAAGCUCUGUCACCCUUCUAUUUCUCUUUGGAUAUACAGAAAAUCAUCGAGUCGCGUAUCGUCGGCCAGCUUGCCCGCGCAAACGAAAAGACCGGUAUACAAUUCGCUUAUGCUACUCUGGUUGCGGACGAUGGAGGAAUACCUCCGUAUGAUCUAUUCCUCAAGAGCGGAGACGUACACGCGAAAGUGUAUUGGGAAUUAAUCAAUCGCAAGGAAGGGCCUUGGGAUUACAGGUUCACGUUGGAUGGAAAGAAGCUGGCCAACUACGAGUCGUUAUGA